AGGUGGAGGAGGAGGUGGAGGAGGAGGUGGAGGGGGAGGUGGAGGAAGAGGAGGUGGGGGUGGGGGUGGGAAGGGUUGCAGAGGUGGUGGUGUAGGGAGAGGGAUGACCAAACCAAGCCACAGAGAGCAGGUAUCAAGCACCGGAGGCUGGAUGGUCCAGGCAAACAGUGGUGGCGGCAUUGGCCGUAUUGGGGUCGACAGAAGCAUUUUGACAUCGCUUGCUUCCCCCGAGACCUUUGAUUUGGCAGCUCAAAUGGUCACCCAGGAACUCGUUGAUGAUGCCAUUUUAAAUGUUGUCUUUGAGGUGCAUCAGAGUGUCAAAACAGGAUUGAUGAUGCUGGAGUUGGGCUCAGUUGAAGAGGAACACAAAUUUUUACAGGUGAAUGCUGAGGGACUGGAUGUGUUUGGUCAAGCACCCAUCAAGAAACAACACGAGUGUGUCUGUCCAAGCUGCUCACGAAACUUGGCAGCGUCAAGGUUCGCACCACACUUAGAAAAGUGUAUGGGCAUGGGUAGAAACUCCUCGCGCAUAGCUAGUAGACGCAUCCAGAACUCUACUAAAGAGAAUACACAAAACCAUACUGGAGGAAGUGACGAUGAUGAUGAUGACGACUGGGUCAUUGACCGCAAACGAAAGAGGCGAGAUAAGAACUCGCCUCGUAGAUCAAAAAAUGUAAAGCUCAAGUCUGAUAGCAUAUCAUCUAGUAGCAGCGUUGAAAAUACGUUGGCUUCAGGAACAACAGAGGAGAAGCGUGCCAUUCUGAAACAGAUUUGUGGAGUGAUCUCGGAGCACACACACAAAAUGUGCACUCGUUCCCUGCGGUGUCCUCAGCACAGUAAUGAACAGAGACAGGCUGUCAGGGAUCAGGUUCUUAAUGGUUCUGGAGCAGAAACUCGAGCUGCUGACUCGACCAGUCGUAGUCUGGGCGACACUGAGGACAUGCAUGUAGAUAUUGAUGGUCUGGAUGAUGGACAGCUUGGCUCCUCGUGGGACAACGACCACUCCAACACCACCUCCCCUGCAGACUCUACCUCCACUAACAAUUCCACUUCGUCCCUAGCCAAGCGCAGUGGAAGCAAAUCUAAGAAGAAAUCAUCAAAAUCUUCCAAAAGCUCGAGUAGUAGCCAUGGGUCACUCUUAGACUGAAUUGUCAGUUUUAAUCAGCAACUGUUUUGCCUAACUUUUGUAAACAAGACACGGUAUUUGUAACAUUUUUAGCAAUAUAGCUUUUAUUUUUUACCAAAACUAUCAACAAAUUUAACAGGGAAGUUAAUGAGUAUAAUUUCUUAAUCCUCAAUAUAACAGCUUUACACGCUUCACUUAGAUCUUUCUUUAGUGCGUUGAAAACUGAGGUGUCUUCACCAUUCUUACUAACCAAGAAUUGUGGAAGCAGCUUACAAUUGUUCAAACACCAUAUUCAAGGUAAGUCAUGGAAAUGAUGUGUUAGGAAUGUGCCAGCAAAUUAGAGAAAUGAGAUAAUGUGAUUUUCAGAUUUUAAGAGCCAAAGUGAGCCUGUGAUGUCAAUUGCCAAUUUAUAGUAUUCUCUGAUGGCUAUGUACAGCCCCUCCUCCUAAAAUGGAAAUACUUUUAGUGACGAUGUGGUCUAUUAUACAAAUACUGUAGACACAUGAUGGACCAAUAGAACAUAGACUUUUGUAUUACUGAAUUUUGACAAACUGGAGAAGUUUUUCCUAUUUAUGUUGCAAAUGAACCCUAGUCUCACCAUCCUAGGCCUAAUGCACACUAUCUGAGGCCUAAUAUAGUACAUAUAUGUGCUAUACUAGGCCUAGGAAUAUUAAAGUUUGGGUUUUAGCUUUAUUUUUUCUGGUCUCUCAUCAAAUUAAUACUCUAGUACCCAAUUCUACCUUCUAUUUGUCCAUCACGUCGAUAUUUGUAUGAUUGUCCACAUACUGAGUACAGGUAGUUACAAAAAAAGUACCAUCUUCCCAGGAGGAUGGGUCAUUAUAUACACUACUGGCUGAUGGCCGGUCAGUAAUUUCAUCUAAACAAAUUUGUAUGUAAUUGGCACUCUUGUGACUGCUGUAUAUUCACGUCAAACCAUAAUUGGAAUUACUUUGUCAAAAAAAAAAAUUGCCACCUGAUUUUGGUAAUUUACUUUAAUUUUCUUUACCUCAUGCAUUUUGUAUACCUUCAGAUGAGCUUUUGAACAUUUAUUCCAUUAUGUUUAGUUCACUCAGGUUUGUGAAGCAUCACUCAUUUCAUUUAAGCUCCCUGUAUGUCUGCACUGUCAAAUAUUGUAGUUUAUGGUGGUAUUCCCACCCUGGUCAUAUUUUACUUUAUUUUGUACUUACGAUACACAUUGUCUCAGAAUUAGCUCUCAAUUUCCGUGAAAUUGCACGAAUCUAUUAAACCUUCAUAAUUUCAUGCUAUUACCUUAUUUUGAUACAAAAACAUAUAGAGUUCUAAAUCAUAAGUCAAAUCUAUAUUGAGAACUUUCAAUAUGUGCUCCGUCAGAAUCCCUGCAUAUUUUGAAUCUAACCUCCACUUUGAAUCUAACACAUUUUGUAUGGAUCCAGCUCUUUCAAAUUUGUUCACAAGUUCAUCAAUUGCUUUGUCUGUAGGACCAAUUCUGUGAAAUUUCCUUGUAAAUCUUUCUCUGAUUUUAUUGUAUCGCAAUCCUUUGAUACAGGGCAAAGGAUUGCAGAGCAAUCCUUGUGUAUUCAUGAUUGGGUUCUGAAAAAGAGAAGGAAUAAGUUAUAAUUUUUUUAAUUUAUCACACGCAUUAAACAUGAUAAACAUUAUUAAACAUGAGUUUUUAAAUCAUUCGUCCAAUUUCUUGGAAAUAGAUAACUAAGUCUGGGACACCCUGUAUAUACCCUGAUCAACCAUAUUAUUGUUCAUUUAACCUUUUUGUAUUUCUUGCUUGAAGUCCUAAGGUUU